AUGUUACCACCUAUGUCAUGGCAGAUACGCGACACCGAUUUACUCUCAAAUACCUCAUCUUCUCCACAACAAGAAACGAAUUCGAGUGAAACAAACUCUGCCAAAGAAGUGAAAGUGAUGGAGACGAAGUAUUCUGAGAUGAGAGGUCCUCAAAUCAUUCCGAAACAUGAACUCAUAGAUCCUGCAGCUUUGCCAUGCCAAUUUGAUUACCAGUGUCGUAUGGGAGAGAGCUGUUCGGGAACGAUUGCUUUGGUGGAUCAACUUAUCACGGUUUGCCAGUAUGACGUGACCAAAACCAAUCGACAGUGUAUAUAUCAUGCCGAUUGCCUACAAGGACCAGCAAUGCCUUCGAAACGAAAGCAGCAUUUUUGUGUGCAUGGCAUCCAUGGAAGCGGCACUAGGAACAGCACCAUGUACAUAUGA